UCCCGGGGGCUCGCCUUCCGGCUGUUAACAGAAACUCGCUGACUCUUCACCCAGAGGCCCGACGCGCAAGGGGUUCGGGGGAUGGAGGGGUGCAGACCCUGUUUAACGCCGUCUGCAAAGCUGCCUUCACGCUCGGCGCUCCGCGGCCGGCCGGGGACUCGAAGAGCUCUGCCACCGCCCGCCGCUCCCGGGCCGCCACCGCCCGCGCCCGGUUCUCUAUCGCCGACUCCGACCCCAACCACCCUUCCCUGCCCCCCCUCGGACAAGAGAGAUAAUCUGCUACCCUCCUGCCGCUCACGUCGGCCGAGGUCUAAGGCGACAGCCUCCGGAAAUCAUACAGACACCAUUACGACUCUUACCUCCCAGAAACCUCAGCGCCCAGGGCCAGGGCCCAACACCCGGAACCAAACCCCAAGCUCUUUCGUCGCACUUCAGAGGCCGAGGCAGAGACCAAUCCGCAGCAGGCAAGACUCCUUCAUUCCGGUGCUGCGUGGACGGAAAGCCCCGGGUAGCCGACACCACGUCCCCGGCUAGCGAGAGAGAGCGUAGAGAAGGAUUACACCAAACUGUUUAAAUCCAACGGCUCCUGCUUCCGCUCGCCUGAGCUAG